CAUUUUUCCACCACCAUAAACUGCAACAUCAGCAUGGACAGCAAUUAAUUGCCCACCGAGCACACGUACACAAACGCGUUCCGCGAAUGAGGGAAAUUACCAUAGCCAAGGAGUGUGAAUGGCGGUUUGAAGUCGAUGAACCGGAAAUUGAAAUAAAGCUGCUUUCCGGCACUGCUGAAUGUUUCGGCACUGAGCUGGCAGUUGGUCCUCCUUACAAAUUUCGUUACCAAAAAGCCGCUAUUUUUACGUGGCAUGGAUGUGUUCUACAGCUUGAUGGAGAACCAUUGGUCGAGUAUAUUGCCGAAGAGACACCUAUGCUUACUUACCUUAACUUGCAUUUCGCUUUGAACGGGUUACGGAAACAAGCCGAGUUUUCUUCUGCUACACCAGAUUCGGAGGCUUCUUUAGGUCCGCGGGUUUGCAUCGUUGGUCCUAAAGAUGCCGGGAAAACCUCUCUGCUUAAAACGCUUGAGGCCUAUGCACUCAAACAAUUUUACCAUCCCAUCUGUGUCAAUCUCAGUCCAACCCAAUCUAUGCUUGCCCUGCCUGGCUCAUUCUCUGCCUUCCAUUUAGCGACCAUGCUGGAUAUCCAGGAUGCUGACGGUUUUGGUUCGAGUAUGGCAACAGGACCAACACAGAUUCAGGCAAAGUCACCCCUCGUUUACAGCUACGGUCUUGACGAAGCAUUGGAUAAUCCAAAGCUCUACAAAAAUUGCGUGUCACGGCUUGCCAUCACAGUUGCUUCCCGUAUGUCACAAAACGAUGAUGCUCGUCGCUCUGGCCUCCUCAUCGACACACCCGGCAUGGUGGACUCUGAAAAGGGCUACAACAUUCUACAUUCCAUUCUGACAGACUUCCGUGUCAACGUUUGUCUUGUUCUUGGAUCUGAGCGUCUUUACAGCGCUAUAAAACGCAAGUACAACGAUGCGCACUGGUUAAAGGUGCUCAAAAUACCCAAAAGUGGCGGCUGUGUUGACCGCAGUUCAGAGUGGAUCCAGCAUUGGCAAGCAGCUUGUGUAAAGCAAUACUUUUAUGGUGACUAUCGCAUGCCCUUAUCACCACUGUCUAUUGUUUUGGAUGCACAGGAGGUGGUUGUGUACCGUGUUUUGGAAGCAUCUGCCCACCUAAUGCGUUCGAGUGUAUUGCCCUUGGGAAUGGGUGGUGACGGUGAAGAAGACGGUACAAGCGCUGCUGCCGUUGAAAACGGAGACUCUGGCGAUGGUCUUGGCGGCCAUUUCAUGCAAGACAAUCAUUUGGAACGUAUUCACACAGACUCAAUGACCAUUUUACAAAACUCCAUUCUUGCCGUGUCCAGUGUGAGUGCAGACGAAGAUGAGCACCUUAUUUUAGAUUCAUGCAUUUUGGGUUAUGUGUUUGUGUCGGAUGUUGACGAUACGAAGAACCGGUUGACAGUGUUGUCUCCGGUUCAGCAUCGGUUUCCUAACAAUGCUCUUCUCAUGGGAACGUUGAAAUGGCAAGACUCAUAGAAAAUGGGUAUAGGUUACGGAUAUGAACAGAUACGAACCUGUCUUUUGAACAGGUCAAAUUACAAAAAAUACUCGGCGAUACUUUGCUACAUGCAUGUUAGUUGUUGUAAUAUCGCAUUGAACGCCAAACUGUAAAAGUUUGUGCAAGCUGCCACUACUUACACUGCUAGCCAUACUCUGUUGGUAUUUGAGUAUUUCACCCAAAGUCGGUUGGUUUGGAGCGGCAUCAAAAACAUUAAAAAACCGGCUUUGGUCUGUUUCAAUCUGCAAGAUGCUAGCCAAGUUGGCACAUCGAUAACAGUAGUUUGGUGCAGACCAGAUGGUUGACAAUUUGUCGUCAAAAAGGACUUGAUAGCCCUCACUGCACAACUGAUGUGCUCUCAAAAUGUGAUCAAGCUUAUUUGAAUGUAAAAAUUUGUCCACUAUGCGUUCGCCGAACGAAUAGCCGGCUCCUCGAGGAGAUAGUGCGAACUCUUGAAUGCUGGGGUCCGGAUCCGACCACAUUAAAUCUGCCAUAGGACCCUCAUGUGGAAAUUCGCGGAACCGGUUCAUGACAAGAAUCUGAUCUACGUGUUGAAUACUUGGUGAAAGUCCUCCAUGGACGCAAAAAAGGCGGCCGUCUAUCACUGCUGAAAGCGUGAGGUAGUCAAAAAGCUCCGUUAGGUGACGCCAAACGUUUGCAUUUCCGUACUUCCUAACACAUUCCGCAUAGAAGCCAUAUGUUUGCGUGACUCCUCUCGACUCAUGAUUUCCUCGAAGCAAGGUCAUUCGUUGAGGAUACCGGAGCUUUAAACAUAUCAAAAGAAGAAUUGUUUCAACACUGUAGAAGCCUCUGUCGACAUAAUCUCCUACUUCAGUUAGAAUUACUCGGUUGAAAGAAAAGCCAUGAGGAGGAACAGAUUGAACUGUAAUCUUGUUUUGUUCUUUAUAUCUGCAUGGGUCAAAACAAUCCACUCACGGCUUACUUCGCACUAUGGCUGUCUUCUUACCUAAAAAGAGAUAAUUGGUGUAUGGGCAGGGGCCGCCGAUUUUGAAAAUCUCUAGCAAGUCAUCAAAUUGUCUGUGUAAUUGUUAGCGUGACGAUCGCUCUUGUCAGCAUAACAAUGUUCUUAUGAUUAUUGGUUAUGUUGCACCAUGCUAAGCAAUGCUACUAACCCAUGAAUGUCUCCAACGACUGUUAUUGGAGUCGAAAGCUGGACCGUGUUACUCUCCUGGACGAGAGUCUCUUUGGCAAGUGAGCAUAGUGUUGCAAUUACGACCUCGGCUAUGAGCUCCUUCUUUUGGAUUCUCUCAAUUAGUUCGUCUAAAUCGAGCAUAAAAAUAACAACUAGUUAACCUCGUUAUGGUUUGUCAAUGUAGCUCCAACUUUCCUAGC